AUGGAGGGAUGUUUUGCAAUUGACCCUGUAGGGAAAAUAGGGGGGUUAGCCUUGUUUUGGAAGGAUAGAGAAGAGGUACAGAUCCAAACUUACUCCCACUGGCAUGUAAGUGCAAGAGUAAGAGAGAGCAAUAAAGGUAACUGGGUUUUUACUGAUUUUUAUGGACACCCUGACACAAGCAAAAGAAGGUUCUCUUGGGAGUUGUUGAAUAGAGUUAAGCCAACAGAAGGCACGGCUUGGUGUGUUGCAGGUGAUUUUAAUGAAAUUCUUUCCUUUAGAGAGAAAGUGGGAGGGAAAUUAAUACCUGAGCACCAACUGAUCCAGUUUCGAGGGGCCAUGGAGAGCAAUAAUUUGUUUGAUGCUGGUUGUGUGGGUAAUAUUUUUACAUGGAGCAAUAGGAGAUAUGUUUUCAGGUUUGAGGCCAGCUGGACAGAUUUUUGCUUAAUGCAAAGCGGAAAGCUUUGUUCAAAGAUGUCUUGGUGGAGGGGUUGGUUGCAAGAAGCUCAAACCACAAGCCCAUCCUAUUAUCCAUUGUGGAACCAAGAAGGAAUUGGAGCAAUAGGAGAUAUGUUUUCAGGUUUAAGGCCAGCUGGUUGA